AUGAGUUCAGACGCUGAGAUGGCUGUUUUUGGUGCAGCCGCUCCCUACCUUCGAAAAUCGGAAAAGGAGAGGAUUGAGGCCCAAAACAAGCCCUUUGAUGCUAAAACAUCAGUCUUUGUCGUGGAACCCAAGGAAUCCUAUGUAAAAAGCACCGUACAAAGCAAGGACGGAGAAAAAGUAACUGUAAAGACGGCAAGUGGAGCAACUCUAACUGUCAAAGAAGACCAAGUCUACCCUAUGAACCCUCCGAAAUACGACAAGAUCGAGGACAUGGCCAUGAUGACCCAUCUCCACGAGCCCGCUGUGCUGUACAACCUCAAAGAGCGUUACGCAGCCUGGAUGAUCUACACCUACUCGGGCCUCUUCUGUGUCACCGUCAACCCCUACAAGUGGCUGCCGGUGUACAACCCCGAGGUGGUGGCUGCCUACCGAGGCAAAAAACGCCAGGAGGCCCCGCCCCACAUCUUCUCCAUCUCUGACAACGCCUAUCAGUUCAUGCUGACUGAUCGUGAGAACCAGUCCAUCCUGAUCACCGGAGAAUCUGGUGCAGGGAAGACUGUGAACACCAAGCGUGUCAUCCAGUACUUUGCAACAAUUGCAGUCACUGGAGAGAAGAAAAAAGAGGAAACUGGCAAAAUGAAGGGGACUCUGGAAGAUCAGAUCAUCAGCGCCAACCCCCUGCUGGAGGCCUUUGGCAAUGCCAAGACCGUGAGGAAUGACAACUCCUCGCGCUUUGGUAAAUUCAUUAGAAUCCACUUUGGUACUACAGGGAAGCUGGCUUCUGCAGAUAUUGAAACAUAUCUUCUAGAAAAGUCUAGAGUUACUUUCCAGCUAAAGGCGGAAAGAAGUUACCAUAUCUUUUAUCAGAUUACUUCCAAUAAGAAGCCAGAUCUGAUUGAAAUGCUUCUGAUCACCACCAACCCAUAUGACUUCGCCUUCGUCAGUCAAGGGGAGAUCACAGUCCCCAGCAUUGAUGACCAGGAAGAGCUGAUGGCCACUGAUAGCGCCAUUGACAUCCUGGGCUUUACCCCUGAAGAGAAAGUGUCCAUUUAUAAACUCACAGGGGCAGUGAUGCAUUAUGGGAACAUGAAGUUCAAGCAAAAGCAGCGUGAGGAGCAAGCGGAGCCAGACGGCACCGAAGUUGCUGACAAGGCAGCCUACCUCCAGAAUCUGAACUCUUCUGACCUGCUCAAAGCCCUCUGCUACCCCAGGGUCAAGGUUGGCAAUGAGUAUGUCACCAAAGGCCAGACUGUGCAGCAGGUGUACAAUGCAGUGGGUGCUCUGGCCAAAGCCGUCUAUGAGAAGAUGUUCCUGUGGAUGGUCGCCCGUAUCAACCAGCAGCUGGACACCAAGCAGCCCCGGCAGUACUUCAUCGGGGUCUUGGACAUCGCUGGCUUUGAGAUCUUCGAUUACAACAGCCUGGAGCAGCUGUGCAUCAACUUCACCAACGAGAAACUGCAACAGUUUUUCAACCACCACAUGUUCGUGCUGGAGCAGGAGGAGUACAAGAAGGAGGGCAUCGAGUGGACAUUCAUUGACUUUGGGAUGGACCUGGCUGCCUGCAUCGAGCUCAUCGAGAAGCCUAUGGGCAUCUUCUCCAUCCUGGAAGAGGAGUGCAUGUUCCCCAAGGCCACAGACACUUCCUUCAAGAACAAGCUGUAUGACCAGCACCUGGGCAAGUCUGCCAACUUCCAGAAGCCCAAGGUGGUCAAAGGCAAGGCCGAGGCCCACUUCUCACUGGUGCAUUACGCGGGCACCGUGGAUUACAACAUCACCGGCUGGCUUGACAAGAACAAGGACCCGCUGAACGAGACCGUGGUCGGGCUGUACCAGAAAUCUUCAAUGAAGACUCUGGCCAGUCUCUUUUCCACCUAUGCUGGCUCUGAAGCAGAGAGUGGAGCAAAGAAAGGUGCUAAGAAGAAGGGCUCUUCUUUCCAGACUGUGUCAGCUCUUUUCCGGGAGAAUUUAAAUAAACUGAUGACCAACUUGAGGUGCACACACCCUCACUUCGUACGGUGCAUCAUUCCCAACGAAACCAAAACUCCUGGGGCCAUGGAGCAUCAGCUUGUCCUGCACCAGCUGAGGUGCAACGGUGUGCUGGAAGGCAUCCGGAUCUGCAGGAAGGGCUUCCCCAGCAGAAUCCUGUAUGGGGACUUUAAACAAAGAUACAAAGUUCUAAAUGCAAGUGCUAUCCCAGAGGGACAGUUCAUCGACAGCAAGAAGGCCUCUGAGAAGCUCCUUGGUUCUAUUGAUAUUGAUCACACCCAAUAUAAAUUUGGACAUACAAAGGUUUUCUUCAAAGCUGGCCUUCUGGGUCUUCUGGAAGAAAUGAGAGAUGACAAAUUGGCCCAGCUUAUAACAAGAACUCAAGCCGUCUGUCGGGGAUUCCUAAUGAGGGUAGAAUAUCAGAAGAUGUUGCAAAGGAGAGAAGCCCUUUUCUGCAUCCAGUAUAAUGUACGUGCAUUCAUGAACGUCAAGCACUGGCCCUGGAUGAAACUCUUCUUCAAGAUCAAGCCGCUGCUGAAGAGCGCAGAAACUGAGAAGGAGAUGGCCUCCAUGAAGGAAGAGUUUCAGAAAAUCAAAGAUGAACUGGCCAAGUCAGAGGCAAAAAGGAAGGAACUGGAGGAAAAAAUGGUCACUCUCUUGAAAGACAAAAACGACCUGCAACUCCAGGUUCAAUCUGAAGCAGAUGCCUUAGCUGAUGCGGAAGAAAGGUGUGACCAGCUGAUCAAAACCAAAAUCCAGCUCGAGGCCAAAAUCAAAGAAGUGAAUGAGAGAGCUGAGGAUGAGGAAGAGAUCAAUUCUGAGCUGACGGCCAAGAAGAGGAAACUGGAGGAUGAAUGUUCAGAACUGAAGAAAGACAUUGAUGACCUUGAGCUGACACUGGCCAAGGUUGAAAAAGAGAAACAUGCCACAGAAAAUAAGGUAAAAAACCUCACAGAAGAGAUGGCAGGCCUGGAUGAGACCAUCGCUAAGUUGACCAAGGAGAAGAAGGCCCUCCAAGAGGCCCACCAGCAGACCCUGGAUGACCUGCAGGCAGAAGAGGACAAAGUCAACACCCUGACCAAAGCUAAAACCAAGCUGGAGCAACAAGUGGAUGAUCUUGAAGGGUCUCUGGAACAAGAAAAGAAAAUUCGAAUGGAUCUAGAGAGAGCAAAGAGGAAACUGGAGGGUGACCUAAAAUUGUCCCAAGAAUCCACAAUGGAUAUAGAAAAUGACAAAGUGCAACUUGAUGAAAAGCUUAAAAAGAAAGAAUUUGAAAUCAGCAAUCUGCUAAGCAAAAUUGAAGAUGAGCAAGCAGUAGAAAUUCAACUACAGAAGAAGAUCAAAGAGUUGCAGGCCCGCAUUGAGGAGCUGGAGGAGGAAAUCGAGGCUGAGCGGGCCUCUAGGGCCAAAGCAGAGAAGCAGCGCUCUGACCUCUCCCGGGAACUGGAGGAGAUCAGCGAGCGCCUGGAAGAAGCCGGCGGGGCAACUUCAGCCCAGAUUGAGAUGAACAAGAAGAGGGAGGCUGAGUUCCAGAAAAUGCGCAGGGACCUGGAGGAGGCCACCCUGCAGCAUGAAGCCACGGCGGCCACCCUGAGGAAGAAGCACGCGGACAGCGUAGCUGAGCUCGGGGAGCAGAUCGACAACCUGCAGAGGGUCAAGCAGAAGCUGGAGAAGGAGAAGAGCGAGAUGAAGAUGGAGAUCGAUGACCUCAGCAGUAAUGCAGAGGCCAUUUCCAAGGCCAAGGGAAACCUUGAGAAGAUGUGCCGCACUCUAGAAGAUCAACUGAGUGAACUUAAGACAAAGGAAGAAGAGCAGCAGCGGCUGAUCAACGACCUGACGGCUCAGAGAGCGCGCCUGCAGACAGAGUCAGGUGAAUAUUCCCGACAAUUAGAUGAGAAAGAUGCUUUAGUCUCUCAGCUUUCAAGGAGUAAACAAGCGUCUACUCAGCAGAUUGAGGAGCUGAAACGUCAGCUAGAAGAGGAAACCAAAAUGAGGAAACUGGGGCUGAAGAAGCUGGCCCAGCGGCUGCAGGAAGCUGAGGAACACGUAGAAGCUGUGAAUGCCAAAUGUGCCUCCCUGGAGAAGACCAAGCAGCGGCUCCAGAAUGAAGUGGAGGACCUCAUGCUUGAUGUGGAGAGAUCGAAUGCUGCCUGCGCGGCUCUUGAUAAGAAGCAAAGGAACUUUGACAAGAUCCUAUCAGAAUGGAAACAGAAGUAUGAGGAAACUCAGGCUGAACUUGAGUCCUCCCAGAAAGAGUCCCGGUCCCUCAGCACUGAGCUGUUCAAGGUGAAGAAUGCCUACGAGGAAUCCCUGGAUCACCUUGAAACACUAAAGAGAGAAAAUAAGAACUUGCAGCAGGAGAUUUCUGACCUCACUGAGCAGAUUGCUGAGGGUGGAAAGCAAAUCCAUGAAUUGGAGAAAAUAAAGAAGCAAGUGGAACAAGAGAAAUGUGAAAUUCAGUCUGCCUUAGAGGAAGCGGAGGCAUCUCUUGAACAUGAAGAGGGAAAAAUCCUGCGCAUCCAGCUGGAGCUAAACCAAAUCAAGUCUGAAAUUGACCGGAAGAUUGCUGAAAAGGAUGAGGAAAUUGACCAGCUGAAGAGAAACCACAUUAGAGUCGUGGAGUCGAUGCAGAGCAUGCUGGACGCUGAGAUCAGGAGCAGGAAUGAUGCCAUCAGGAUCAAGAAGAAGAUGGAGGGAGAUCUGAAUGAAAUGGAAAUCCAGCUAAACCACGCCAACCGCCUGGCUGCAGAGAGCUUGAGGAACUACAGGAACACCCAAGGGAUCCUGAAGGAUACCCAGCUCCACCUGGAUGACGCCCUCCGGGGCCAGGAGGACCUGAAGGAGCAGCUGGCCAUGGUGGAGCGCAGAGCCAACCUCCUGCAGGCCGAGGUGGAGGAACUGCGGGCAUCUCUGGAGCAGACGGAGAGGAGCAGGAAGAUCGCAGAGCAGGAGCUCCUGGAUGCCAGUGAGCGGGUUCAGCUCCUGCAUACCCAGAAUACCAGCCUGAUCAACACCAAGAAGAAACUGGAAAGUGACGUUUCACAGCUCCAGAGUGAAGUGGAAGAAGUAGUUCAAGAAUCACGCAACGCAGAAGAGAAAGCCAAGAAAGCCAUCACUGACGCGGCCAUGAUGGCGGAGGAGCUGAAGAAGGAGCAGGACACCAGCGCCCACCUGGAGCGCAUGAAGAAGAACCUGGAGCAGACGGUGAAGGACCUGCAGCACCGUCUGGAUGAGGCUGAGCAGCUGGCCCUGAAGGGCGGGAAGAAGCAGAUCCAGAAACUGGAGGCCAGGAUACGUGAGCUUGAAGGAGAGGUUGAAAGUGAGCAGAAACGCAAUGUGGAGGCUGUUAAAGGUUUGCGGAAACAUGAGAGAAGAAUAAAGGAACUCACCUACCAGACUGAGGAAGACCGCAAGAACGUUCUCAGGCUGCAGGACUUGGUAGACAAACUACAGGCGAAAGUGAAAUCAUACAAGAGACAAGCCGAGGAAGCUGAGGAACAAUCCAACACUAAUCUCGCUAAAUUCCGCAAGCUCCAGCAUGAGCUGGAAGAGGCCGAGGAACGGGCUGACAUCGCCGAGUCCCAGGUCAACAAGCUGCGGGUGAAGAGCCGGGAGGUUCAUACAAAAUUCACUGCAGAGUGAACACCUCUACCUGAUGCUGCCAAGUGGC